GCGGCACAAUCAAACGAACAACCCAAUUGCACUGCCCAUUUCUGGCCAUCCAACGUCUUGGCAAGACUUGUCUCUAGAUCCAGAUCCCAGGUCCCAGAUCGAGACCGCGUCCCAAGGAAGGCAAGCCUGAGAUACGCGCGUUGGCCAAUAUCACAUUUGGACGAAUUGGUCCCUGUAACCGAGAUGGCAUCCACCAAGGAUCUCAAGGCCCGCACGCGACAAGAUUAUCGCUUCCUGCUGGACUAUCGCACACGAUGGAACGACAAUGACAUGUAUGACCACAUGAACAACUCUGUGUAUAGCUUUCUAUUUGACUCCGUCGUCAAUUCCUACCUCAUUGCCCACUGCAACCUAGACCCCCCAACCUCGCCGCAGUACGGCCUAGCCGUCCACGCCCACACCGAUUACUUCGCCUCCAUCGCCUACCCGGCCGUAGCGGAGUUGGCCCUCCGCGUCAACAAGCUCGGUCGCUCCAGCGUCACCUACGAGGUGGCCGUCUUUGAGCGUGGCGUCGAUGCCGUCUGCGCCGUGGGUGAGUUUGUCCACGUCUUUGUCGACCGUGCCACAGGGAGGCCUGCGCAGAGCGGCAUGGGAGAUGCCUUGAGGCAGGGGCUUGAGAAGCUGUGUGUCGAUGCAGGCCAAGGUAAAGCUCUGGUGGAGAAAAGGCCGGCCAAGCUAUGAAUCAGACACGAAACUAAAAGCACCCUUUGAGCCGCACACCAUGUGUAUUUUA